AUGGGACCACAUACUGGUUCAGUGGCUGCUUCUAGCCACUCCACAGAUUGGAAACCGGCAGAUCGGCAUGACUACUUGCGUAUUAGAGCUGGCAACGAUUACCACUUUUCGUACCCGCGUAACGGAUCUAGGCAAGUGAGCGGCACUCAUUAUGGUGGUCAGCUCUGCGGGCCUGUAAACACCCAGGGCAAUGGCACGACACAAAACCAGGAGAAAGGCCACAACCUAUCGGCCGAAAGCCUCACUCCGUACCGACAAGCAGGCACUACUACACACAUCGCUAAGAAAAGCAAAGAAUCGCAAAGUCUCACGAAGGCAUCUCCUAUGGCGGUAACACAAGCAUGGAAUAAAAAAGGCACAAGCCCGGUUGAAGCGGAAAAUUUUCGCAACUCGGAUACCGUACUUCGACCUGAAGACAGUGUUUCCGCCGUUUGUGGUAACAUUGUAGUGCCACCAGAAGAUAUUGACACGACCGCUGCAAGGCAUGAGAUGACGGAAACCUCUGGCGCCGACUGGAAGCGAAAUCUAUCAAAGCGGUUUGCAACAACGACAGGCUUCUCCAAUUAUGUCAGCUCAUGGAACAGUAGAAUUAUCGAGAACAAAUCGGUGCCGCAUUUCGAAGAUAACGGGAAAUGGAAGCAUUGGCAAUGUGCAAUCGAUGCUGCGAAUGGAAAGCUGCUGGAUCCGGUGACAUUUCCUCAAACGCUACGAGACGACAGCCUAUUGGAAGACGAUAAAGCCAGAAUGCGACGCCGGACAGGAACUGCCAUCUCGGCUUGUAAAGCAUACAUCAUUCUUCAUGGAGACCAAAUUGAGGAUGAUCUGACAUACCUUAAGCGUGAAAACACCGACACAGGACCCACGAUGGAACAGACGGUGGCAUCCAAGACGGAUAUUAUAUCUCCUGCUUCACCAGCGUCACCACAAAAUCUGGCCAUUGCUACACUCAAACCUGCAUCGUCAACAUGUUCGGCUUCGUGCCCAUCUGGUCCCGUGUGUCCUCGGGCGGGUUGCUACUAUAUUCGCCCGGCCAAGAAGUCCGAUAUGAAAGGUGUGCGGGAGAUUUAUAAUUUGGAAGUCUUAAAGGGAACACAGGCCACAGAUGCGGAGCCACUUGAUCUCGAGGACAUCUCUUCUAUCCUCACGAUUUGCCGCAAAUCUAUGCUGCCGUUCAUUGUCGCAAUUGCCGGCCAAAACGAUACCGAGACACCGGAAGAAGUUAUGGGAUUUGGCUUUCUUUCGAUAUAUCAGCCCGGAUUGGCAGGCGGCUUGAAUGGAACCAGUAGGUAUUCGGUCAAAGUCAACGUCUUUGUGCAUGCAAACCACCGACAGAAAGGGGUGGGGAGUACGAUUUUGAGCAAGCUGCUCCAGCUCUGCUCGCUUAAUUACAGCCCAAAGAAGGAUUACGGAGCGCAGUACUUCCAUUCGGACGACACGGAGCUAUACCGCUCAUGUCACGAAUCUCCCCGCCAGUACCACCAGGUGUUUGCCGAAGUACUUUGUGGAGGCGAGCGAGGUAUAGCUGAGAUGUGGUACGGGCGGGUGCUCACGAGCGACUUUGGAUUCCAGCCUCUGGGAAAGAGCAUAAUGGGGGCCCAUUGGUCCAAUGUUGGGCAGUGCUGGUUGGGAAAGCUCGUCUUCCAGCAUGACUGCUAUGCGGAGAACGUGUUGGGAGACGAUGAUAACGAUGACAACGACGCGGCAGUAUCAGGGGAUACAACGGCCGACCACGCAAGGUCACAUGAAAAGGGUAACGAAGAGGAGGUAGACGGAUCGCCCCCAAAUCGGUCAUUUGAUACGAGCGAGCCUGUCAGCUCACAGGUGAACGGUGGUGUGAUGCUAUCAGGCAACGCAAAGGAUACGCAUACGGAGUAUUGGUGA